UGAUAGAAAUCAGUAAAGCUGAUUGGUCGAGAUUUACGCUUCGCAGUCUUCGAUUGGCUGUAGCCUUCCAUUGCUAUGGUUACUGUGGCCUGCUGGUCCUUUAGGAACCUGUGAAGCAAAUGGAGCUUGAGGAGCAGGCUAGUAAGACUGUACCGACAGAACUAUGUCAUGUUCCCACGGCAGGGGAUUUCUGUGUAUCCGAGGUACCCGAGCUUUUAAGAGCUUUAUGGGAGGAACCAGAGAGGCCACGGAGAAACCUAGGAGGUCGCGUUAAGACUCGGCAGCACCGUCACAGGCUCUGUCCCCUGGGGAGAGAGAACUAUGCGUUAAGGAAGCUAAGGGAAGCAGCCAAUGGAAAUGAUUUGGAUACAGUACAACGAUUAUUAGAUGAGGGGGCAGAUCCAUGUGCAGCUGAUGACAAGGGACGGACAGCACUUCACUUUGCAUCGUGCAACGGAAAUGACCAAAUUGUUAGAUUACUUCUAGAUCAUGGUGCUGAUCCAAAUCAAAGGGAUGGACUGGGAAACACAGCAUUACAUUUGGCUGCCUGUACCAGCCACGUUCCAGUAAUCACAACACUGCUGCGUGGGGGUGCCAGAGUGGAUGCUUUAGAUCGUGCAGGCCGCACUCCACUUCAUUUGGCCAAAUCAAAGCUUAACAUUUUGCAGGAUGGAAAGUCACAGACAUUGGAAUCACUGCGACUGGAGGUGAAACAGAUUAUCCAGAUGUUGCGGGAGUACUUGGAUAAGCUUGGACAGCAGGAGCAAACAGAACAGUUGGACCAAAUCUGUUCUAGACUGCAGCGAACUAGCACCAAGGAACAGGUGGAUGAAGUAACAGAUCUGUUGGCUAGCUUCACAUCACUCAGUCUCCAGAUACAGAAAAUGGAGAACAGGUAGCCAGACCUCAUCCAAGAACUUGCAUGUCUUUCAGUGACAUGAACUUCACCAUUACCUACCUGGAAAGAUGCUGUCACUUUUUAUUUUUUAAAUGUUUUAUGGAAAGGUAAUUAAAGGUACGAAUACUGACGGUGCUUUAAACAUGUCUAAUCAGGUUUCAAGUGCUUACCUUCUGUCAUUAAAAUAAAAAGUCUGCGUCUGAGCACAAUGUUUAGUGGGUGGGGGUGCUGUUAAAAAAACCCCCAAAAAACUGCAGUUUUGAAUAAGAUAAAGCUACCUUCCUUUUACAACCUGGGUCUGUUUACCUAACUCAUAUUUAUUCUUUCAAUCGCAUGCAAAAUAUUGUGCAGUCCCUUUAUAGUGUAAACUGUAUUAAAAAAAAAAACCUGUAUACUGUAAUAAAAAAACCUGGAGAAACGUUAGGGUAAUAUCAUACACAAAACUUUUCAGCUGGCUAAAAACACCCAUAACUGCCUCCUGGAGCUCCCAUUAACUUGAAUGGAAAAUGCACAAAAGGGUAGAUGUGAGCACUCAUGGCAGUACUUUAUUUUGUUUCCCAUUAAAACAAAGGGAGCCACAGGAUGGAUACCUGACAGGAUCUUUUCAGUCAGCUGAAAUGCACUAAGCUGCGUGUGAUAUUACCCUUAAUAAAAUCAUUGUAAAAAAACUGGCUUAGUUGAGUAAGAGGAAAAUCAGUUUCUAUUCAAGGGCGUAUACCAAAAAUGUAAAUUAUGGUGACAUUAUUGCAAAAAAUGAGAGUAUCUCUUUACUUCUCCUUCUUUAUCCAAGGUGCAGUAUUAGGCUCAUGGCACACCAGACAUGCCCAAACAUAAUUGUGCAGACAGACACAGUGUCAGCUUGUUAGUGCACAGGGGGGGGCAGAUCGCAUCUCAGAAACCCAAAAUCUGCCCUGUCUGUACUAACUGGAGGAUGCCUUGCCUGUCAGAGCACAAAAAUGCUGAAGUAGCUGAUGGUGUUUUCUCCCUUUGUAAAUAUCCUGGCAGAGAAAUGCCUGGUGUGAAUUGGGCUUUGAUGUGGCAAUUUCCACACACUUGCCAUACCAUUCAGUGUAUUAAAUUUGUAUUUCCACAAACAUUACAUUUACAGUACUGGGCUGUUCUCUUUUAUAUUUCUUAUUGUGCUAUGUGUAUUAUAACCUCAUUGCAGUGUAAUUUCUGUGUUCUCUUGGAAAUCUUUGUCCUAUGUUCAGGUGUAACAUUGCCAUUUUGCUCCUCCAUGAUAGAGUUCAAGGUUAAAAAAAUGUUUUAUCAGUUGAAUUGCCACUGUAAAAAGAAGUUGUAAAAAGCAAUCGUAUAUAAAGUCAUUCCCUGCUCAUCCCUACUUUCUGCUUCUCAUUGAGCAGUUUAUCAUUUACUAAAAUUAUUUUGUAUCCUUCACCUGUUCUGCUGUUUGUACCUACCCUGUCUCAUUACAGCAUUGUUUUAAACCCUCUGUUGUGUUUUAUAUAUUAUGCAUGUAGAACUAGUACAGGUAUGGGAUCCAUUAUCCAGAAAGCCUGAAUUAUGGGAAGCAAUUUCCUAUUAGGUUUAUUUAGUGUUAAAAUUAUUUUCUAGUAGUAAGGUAUGGAGAUCCAAAUUAACCCUUAACGUGGAAAACCCCAGGUCCCAAGUAUUCUGGAGAACUGUUCCUAUACAGGUAUAUAGUUAUUCAUCAACAUUUUAACAACAAAAUGUUCCUUUAAAGGUGAACUAAACCCUAGUCCAUCCUCAGCCUCCCUCCACUGUUCCUCCUCCAAGCUCCCUCCCCGCAACAUCUAUGCUGUUUAAAAUUGUCCCUAUGUGCCGACAUGCCAUAAAUCUGCAGAGUUGUGCAGCAGAAUUCAAAAGCACCAUCUUCUGUUAGACCUCCGACACAGAUCUUGUAGGGGAAAAUGGUGCCUUUGAACUCCUCUGAACAACUCUGCAGAUUUAUGGCAUGUUGGCACACAGGGACACUUUUAAACAAAUUUCAGUUCUCUUUUAAAGCUCCAAGGAAAACAACUAAUAAUCUGUAAGACAUCCAGAGCUCAAGCAUUUUUGCAGCAUACCAUUAACUAAGUUCCAACUGUGUGAUCAUUAAAAGUGAUAUUCUUAUCCAUGUCAGUCCAGUCAGAACAGAUACACUUUAAAAAUGAAUUUCAGUGCAACUCAUUGUCAUUUUGUGGCAUUAAUGAUACUUUAAUUAAAUAGCAGAAAGACUACAUGCAUAAUAUACUUGAAACACAGUGCUGUGCGCUUUUUCACCAGAAAACUCAAUUUUUCACAGCAAUCAUGGGGGUAUAAAGGGAAAGAUGUACUGUGUAGACAUAGGACAUGUGCUUAUACAUAUGAAAACUGUUCACAAACCUAACUUAAUCCUCUGUAUAUUAAAAUGGGGGGGUAACUCACAAUGAUUGCUGCCAACUGACAAGGGUAAUAAUGCUCAGAUAUUUUGACAUAUCCGCAUAUCUCGUUUGUUUACAUUUUAAUCGUACACAUUAUGUUUUUAAAUAAAAAAAAAAAAUUAAAACCA